AUGAGUGGAGAUAAUUUGACGGAUGAGGUCAGUAAAGAGAGAGCUGUGUUGGGGGAUGUGACCAAUACGCUAGCGGUGCAUUUGGAAUCUCGCAAGAGAAUGCUUCUUCUGUUACAGCGAAUAAUGCACCAAAAGUUAAGGAGGGGAUUCAGUGACCAAAAGUUGUUUGGGAGUUAUGAUGCUUCAAGGGACAGCUGUAUUUCUAGGGGCACAUUGCCCACGUGUUCUGAAGGAAAUUCUCAAGAUGGAGAUGAUAAAGAGGUUAUAGGGAGCAAUCCAGGUCUUAAGGGAUUAGUUAGUCAAGUUUUUGAUAGUGAAAAUAAGGAUAUUGGUUUUGGUAGAUUUGCUGCAAACAAAUAUGGAUCUGUUGAGUGGUCAAGGUUGCAAAAUGCACAGGAUUCUAAAUCAUUUGAAUUAGAAAAGUGCACAGGCCUAAGGGGCAAUGCUUGUGUAAAUUUGGAGGCAGCGGAUGAUUUGCUGAAAGCAUGUUCAUUCUGUUUGAAAGCUGCUUAUAUCUGGUCGGACCUCCGUUAUCAGGACAUCAAAGGUCGCAUAUCUGUGGUGAAAAGAAGAAAGAAAGAAACAAGCAUCUUGGUUUCAAAGAUGGGGAGAGGAAAGCAGAGUGACAUUCAUCAUGGUCAAGGGAGCUCCAAAAGUUCAACAAAUCUAGUGUCUGACCUUACAAAUCAGCGGAGAUCACUUUUCUUGUAUUUGAAACCAAAGUAUUGUGGAGAAAAUUCGAGGAACUUGUUUUGUGUACUGUUAACUACCUGUGGUCAGUCCAAAAUGUUUGAGAGGCAUCAAAGAUUUCGAUUUCAUGAAUUAUUUUACUUAGUUUAUAAUCUCAAAUGUGAUGAAUACUUUCUGUCUUUUCUACAGCACGCUAAUUUCAACAUGCUAAAAGAUAAGAGAGAAAACUGCAAGAUGGAUUUGGAGACGGCAACCAGUAUACCACCGGAAAGGCUAUAG